UAAGUCUAUGUAGCAAGAUAAUGAAGUCGAGAUUGAAGAUCGAGUCAUGGCUUAUAAUAUAAUUAAAGGUUUUAACUUCGUGUUCCUUUUAACAAGCUGUCAUUCGUCAGGAUUUUUGCUUGACACGACUCCUACAUAUGUAUGCGUUGACCAGCAGCAGAACUGCGACGUGUUUAAUUCUUCCUUCAACGUCUGCAACAACCUGCACAAUGCCUAUCAGAUCUGCCGCAAGUUCUGUGGGUUAUGCAGCGUAGUCCACGGCGGAUGGUCAGUAUGGAGCGCUUGGGGUGUCUGUGACGUCACAUGUGGCAACGGUACAAUGACAAGGUCCAGACAGUGUAACAAUCCAACACCUCUCAACGGAGGAGAGGAUUGCCAGGGGCCUUCACAAAAUAAUGGAGAAUGUAUCCUCAACAGAUGUCCAACCCAUGGUGGAUGGAGCGCUUGGAACGAGUGGGGUUCGUGCAGUGUAACGUGCGGAGUAGGUCUGAGGAGACGUGACAGAGUCUGUGAUAAUCCCUGGCCUUCAAGUGAUGGAAACCACUGCUUUGGAGACAACAUUAACUACGAAAUCUGCUCAAAACCAGUUUGUGCAACUUGGACUGAUUGGGGAUCCUGGAGUUCUUGUUCAAACACUUGCGGCUAUGGUCUCAAGGAGCGUUAUAGGAACUGCAGUGGGACGUUUGAACCGUGGGAUUUCUGUGUUGGGUCUGAUGUUCAAAAUGUGAUGUGUAAAACUUCCUGUAAUGAAAACAGAUCCUGGUCAACGUGGGGCGCCUGGGGCUCUUGCUCCAACACAUGUGGAUCUGGGCUACGGAAGCGAACUCGCUCCUGCGUAGGGUCAACAGAUCUGAUAAACCUGUGCAUCGGGACGGAUGAACAAGACGACAUAUGCAAUAUCACAUGUGCUAUACGCAAACCAACUUCUGGGUUCACAGCAGAUGGUUAUAGUGGAUCAGGAAGUGACUACUAUUUCCCAAACAUUAUACUAAACGAAGGCAACGACUACGUAGCAAGUAACGGUUUGUUUACGUGCAGAAUUCCAGGCUUGUAUUAUUUUUCUGUCAACCUGGAAAAGAGGAGAGAAAGUUCCCGAACAAUUGACCAAGUUAACGCUUAUAUCAGGGUCAAUGGAGCCACAAAGGCGCAAGCACAUGCUGAUCCACAUGAUGAUGAAAAUACAGACACGGGUAGCUACAUGAUCGGUACUGCUGCCACACUGCGUCUCAGUCAGGGCGACAGAGUCAACAUAGCAGUUUCGUCGUAUGCACAUUUUCAAGCUGGAACAUUUACCGGCGUCUUAAUUGAAACCGAUACGACGUAGCCGUUUAUAUUGAUCUAUCAGACAUGUUAUGUGUGCAGGAUCAUAACAAUAUGAUUAUUCGCAUUUUUACUAGAUGUUAAGAUAUUUGUCUUUCACAUCAGAAAUACAUAAAUAGAUCGACGUGAAAUGGAAACAAUUUUUGUCUUAUUGUCCAGGAUCUAAUCACAUUUAGUGAUUGGAAUUCCUAACAUGUGCUCGAUACUUACAACUAUUAUACUUGUUCUAACACUCUGUAUUAUCGAAAACCCGGAUUUAGAUCAAGAAAACAGUUUUAGUUCUUGCAAUAUGUUCUUGAAAGUAAAUGAAACGCACAAUGUGUCUGAUUGUUGUAGUUUACUUAAAUACUCAAAUAAUGUAGAUUAAAGCGAAACAGUU